GUCUGUGCGCAGGCGCACUGCUGCCGGGUCGGGAUGAGCGGCCGGAGUCUGGUGAUGAGCGCUUGGGCGCUGGCGGCCCUGGGCGCCGGCGGUGUGUGCUGGUUGCUGGUGGGCCCGAGCGAGCAGCGCCAGCGGGACAUCGCCCAGCACCUCCCGGAAAUGAACCGGGCCCACGGGGAGGACAGCAGGCACAGGAAUGCCAUGGUGAUGGAGGCCAUCAAGAAGUCUGCGGAGACACAGAGGAACGUGGCUUUAGACACGGAAUGGAAGAAGGUAUUUCAUUCGGACCCCUUACCCAGGGAGCCGGAGAGGGGAGCCAACGAUCGGAAAUGACGAUUGGGGACAGACGAGGCAGUGGUAGCCACAAGUGGGCAGCACAGCACAAAGCUAGGCCCUUUGGUCCAACUCGCCCUUGCUGAAUGAACUGUGAGCUGUGUCUGGGAAACCAGUCGGAUGAAAUGUAGAUAUUAAACUUUUCUCUGUAUGUGAUUAAACCUGGUGAACUGUUCGUAUCUUAA